AGGCUUUUGAAAGUGUUUGAGAAGGAUAAUUCAAAAUGCCUGAAAAUCCUGCUACAGAGAAAAUGCAGGUCCUGCAGGUCCUCGACCGCCUGAGAAUAAAGUUGCAGGAGAAGGGCGACACGACGCAGAAUGAAAAGCUAUCUGCAUUUUAUGAGACACUGAAGAGCCCUCUCUUCAACCAGAUCCUUACUCUCCAGCAGUCCAUCAAGCAGCUAAAGGGACAACUUAGCCAUAUCCCCUCAGAUUGUUCAGCCAACUUUGAAUUCUCUCGGAAGGGUUUGCUAGUGUUCACUGAUGGUUCCAUUACAAAUGGGAAUGCCCACAGACCUUGUAGUAAUUUAACUGCAUCUGGAUUAUUGCCUUGGACUCCAACAUCAGGAAGUGAAGACUUUAACUCAGUCAUUCAGCAGAUGGCUCAGGGCCGGCAUGUUGAAUAUAUAGAUAUAGAACGUCCUUCAACUGGAGGCCUUGGGUUCAGUGUGGUGGCCCUGAGAAGUCAAAACUUGGGAUUAAUUGACAUUUUUGUAAAGGAAAUCCAUCCAGGGAGUGUAGCAGACAGGGAUCAAAGACUGAAGGAAAAUGACCAGAUUUUGGCCAUUAAUGACACCCCAUUGGAUCAGAAUAUUUCCCAUCAGCAGGCGAUUGCAUUACUACAACAAGCCACUGGGUCUCUUCGCCUGGUUGUGGCCAGGGAAGUGGGCCCCACACAGAGCCGUACUUCCACCAGCUCAGCUGAUACAUCUCUGCCUGAAACGGUGUGUUGGGGCCACACUGAAGAUGUUGAGCUCAUUAAUGAUGGCUCUGGAUUAGGUUUUGGGAUAGUUGGAGGAAAAUCAAGUGGCGUGGUCGUGAGGACUAUUGUUCCUGGAGGACUGGCAGACCGAGAUGGGAGACUACAGACAGGUGACCAUAUCUUGAAGAUCGGUGGUACAAAUGUGCAAGGGAUGACCAGUGAACAAGUUGCUCAGGUGCUAAGGAACUGUGGGAAUUCAGUGAGGAUGCUUGUGGCUAGAGACCCUGUUGGUGAAAUUGCAAUAACACCUCCUACCCCUGUGUCUUUACCUGUUGCCCUGCCUGCUGUAACCAACAGGAACCUUGGUUCUGACUGUUUUCCUUUUGAAACUUAUAAUGUUGAACUUGUUAAAAAAGAUGGACAGAGUCUUGGGAUUAGAAUUGUUGGCUAUGUUGGAACAUCUCAUCCAGGGGAAGCUUCAGGGAUUUAUGUGAAAAGUAUAAUACCGGGCAGCGCUGCGUACCACAAUGGCCAAAUUCAAGUGAAUGACAAAAUAGUGGCUGUGGACGGUGUGAAUAUUCAGGGUUUUGCCAACCAGGAUGUUGUUGAAGUAUUACGAAAUGCAGGGCAGGUGGUGCACCUGACCCUAGUUCGCAGGAAAACAUCUUCAUCUGAUUCUCCAUUUGAACAGCUUUCAGGCAGAGGAACUGUUGCAGAACUACCUAAAGUACCAGCCCUAACGGGAUCCCAGAAAGCAGAAACUAAUUUGGGUACUGAAGCAGAGGAAAUUGGUGAAAGAUUGGAUAUUCUAAAAAAGGACAACAUACAAGCAUUAGAAAAACCAGAUGUACAUCCAAAGAAAGUCCCAGGCUCUCCAGAAAAUGAACUGAAAUCCAGAUGGGAAAAUCUACUGGGCCCAGAUUAUGAAGUAAUGGUAGCUACUUUGGACACACAGAUUGCAGAUGAUGAGGAGCUACAGAAGUAUUCAAAGCUGCUGCCUAUCCACACUCUGAGACUUGGUGUAGAAGUGGAUUCCUUUGAUGGGCACCAUUAUAUCUCUUCAGUUGCUCCUGGUGGUCCUGUGGAUACUCUGAACCUCCUACAGCCAGAAGAUGAACUUCUUGAGGUCAAUGGUGUACAGCUUUAUGGGAAGUCUCGCCGAGAAGCAGUCUCCUUUCUUAAAGAAGUGCCUCCACCAUUUACCUUGGUUUGCUGUCGCCGACUGUUUGAUGAUGAGGCCUCAGUUGAUGAGCCGAGAACCAGGGAAAACUCACUUCUCCAGGCAGAGGUUGACCGCAGUGUAGAUGUCAGCGCUGAAGAUGAUGAUGAUGGGGAGUUAGCCCUGUGGUCUCCCGAAGUCAGGAUUGUAGAGCUCGUGAAAGACUGUAACGGCUUAGGAUUCAGCAUUUUGGAUUAUCAGGACCCCUUGGAUCCCACAAGGUCAGUUAUUGUGAUUCGCUCCUUGGUAGCAGAUGGAGUGGCAGAAAGAAGUGGGGAACUUUUACCUGGAGACCGUCUAGUCUCGGUCAAUGAAUUCUCGUUGGACAAUGCCACACUUGCUGAGGCUGUGGAAGUGUUGAAGGCUGUGCCCCCAGGUGCUGUACAUCUUGGCAUCUGUAAGCCUUUGGUGGAAGAUGAGAAGGAAGAAAGUUUUAUUUUACAUUCAAAGAACAAUGAAGACAGCAGUGAACCUUCAGAAACUGUUCAUGACAUACAAUCAUCUUUAAUCCUCGAGGCACCUAAGGGAUUUAGAGACGAGCCAUAUCUUGAAGAACUUGUGGAUGAACCAUUUCUAGAUCUGGGAAAGUCUUUACAGUUCCAACAAAAAGAAAUGGAUACCAGCUCAGAAGCCUGGGAAAUGCAUGAAUUUCUGAGCCCUCCACUGGAGGGAGGGGGCGAGGAAAGAGAGAUGCUUGUUGAUGAGGAAUAUGAAGUCUAUCAAGAUCACCUCCGGGCCAUGGAGUUACACCCACCACCACCACACAUUCAGGAGGCCACACAUGCACCUUCCAGGCAGGAACGCCAGGUUGGCACACAGUGGCUGCCUGCUAACCUCUCAGGAGGGGAAGCACCCGAGUGUCAUGAUGCAGAUUCCAUGAGGAGUGCAUAUUCCCAGGAGAGGCAACAGUAUAGCUACAGCACCUCAGACAUGAUGAAAGAAACGUUUGGCCUUGAUUCCCGACCACCCCUGCCUUCCUCUGAAGUUAAUGGUCAGCACAGCAGAUUUGAUGACAUGCAACAUCUUCAUUCACUGACAAACAACAGCCUGGAUUUAGGUAUGAUGAUUCCCAGUGAUACCGAAGGUCCUGGCGUGCUUGUUGAUCUUCCAGCUGUUGCCCAAAGAAGAGAGCAAGAAGAUUUGCCUUUGUACCGACUGCCCAGCGCCCGGGCAGUCUCCAAGCCUUCAUCACACAUGGGAAUGGUGUCUUCAAGAUAUACCAGUGCUGCAUGUGAGUUACCUGAGAGAGAGGAAGGUGAAGGGGAGGAAACGCCAAACUUCAGCCACUGGGGUCCACCAAGAAUUGUUGAGAUUUUUAGAGAGCCCAGUGUGUCUCUUGGAAUCAGCAUUGUUGGUGGACAAACAGUGAUAAAACGGCUAAAGAAUGGAGAGGAGCUCAAGGGUAUAUUCAUCAAACAAGUGCUAGAAGAUAGUCCUGCAGGAAAAACCAAUGCACUUAAAACAGGAGAUAAAAUACUUGAGGUGUCUGGCAUAGACCUGCAGAAUGCCUCACAUGCAGAAGCUGUGGAGGCCAUCAAGAACGCAGGAAACCCUGUGGUGUUCGUGGUGCAGAGCCUGUCAUCCACCCCCAGGGUCAUCCCAAGUGUGCCUAACAAAGGCAAACCACCUUCUAAGAACCAGGAUCAAGAUACCCCAGAAAGAAGGGCAAAGAGGCACGGAACAGCUCCACCUCCAAUGAAACUGCCUCCCCCUUACAGAGCUCCGUCUGUGGACAGUGAGGAGAUCGAGGAAGAAAGUGCCCUGAUCGACAAAAAGAUCAAGCAGAGAUAUGCCGACCUGCCUGGAGAAUUGCACAUUAUUGAGCUGGAAAAGGAUAAGAAUGGACUGGGGCUCAGUCUUGCUGGCAAUAAAGACCGGUCACGGAUGAGCAUAUUUGUGGUGGGGAUUAACCCAGAGGGACCCGCUGCUGCAGAUGGACGGAUGCAGAUUGGAGACGAACUGCUAGAGAUAAACAAUCAGGUCCUUUAUGGAAGGAGUCAUCAAAAUGCAUCUGCCAUUAUUAAGACCGCCCCAACCAGGGUCAAACUGGUUUUCAUUAGAAACGAAGAUGCAGUCAAUCAGAUGGCCAUUGUUCCCUUCGUGUUACCAUCAAACUCCCCAUCACCUGUUGAGGAGCUGGGUAGCACUGAACCUGUCAGUAGUGAGGAAGACAGCAGUGUGGACGUUAAACACCUGCCUGAAACUGAGAGCCCCAAAACGGAAGACCUGUCCCAGGUGGUUGAUCCCAACGUGGUGGCAGAGCAGCCCAAGGCAUUGGAGUCACCUGACAAUGUGGCUGCCUGCCAGAUGAAACAGGAAACAUGCUCAUCGCAAGCCCCCUUCAACUCACAGGAGACAUCAUUAGCACCAAGUCCAUUGUGUCAGGCAGAAGACACAGACGUCACAGAUGCUGGUAACUUCCAGGCUCCCCUCUCAGUGGACCCUGCAACAUGUCCCAUUGUCCCUGGCCAGGAAAUGAUCAUAGAAAUAUCCAAGGGGCGCUCAGGGCUUGGUCUCAGCAUUGUAGGAGGAAAAGACACGCCUUUGGAUGCUAUAGUUAUCCAUGAAGUCUAUGAAGAAGGUGCAGCAGCCAGAGAUGGAAGGCUGUGGGCUGGAGACCAGAUAUUAGAGGUUAAUGGGGUUGACUUGAGGAGCUGCAGCCAUGAAGAAGCCAUCACAGCCCUGAGGCAGACCCCCCAGAAGGUGCGCCUGGUGGUGUACAGAGACGAGGCGCAGUACAGAGAUGAAGAGAACUUGGAGGUGUUCCUUGUGGAUCUGCAGAAGAAGACUGGCCGAGGCCUGGGCCUGAGUAUAGUUGGGAAACGGAGUGGAAGUGGAGUGUUCAUUUCUGACAUUGUGAAAGGCGGAGCUGCAGACCUUGAUGGGAGGUUGAUUCAAGGAGACCAGAUAUUGUCUGUGAAUGGAGAGGACGUGCGGCAUGCCUCUCAGGAGACAGUGGCCACCAUUCUUAAGUGCGUCCAGGGCCUCGUACAGCUGGAGAUUGGGAGACUCCGAGCCGGUUCGUGGGCCUCCUCUAGGAAAACCUCACAAAACAGCCAGGGGGAUCGGCACAGUGCACACGGCAGCUGCCGGCCUUCCUUCGCCCCUGUAAUCACUGGCCUACAAAACCUGGUUGGCACAAAAAGAGCUUCUGAUCCUCCCCAGAAAUGCACAGAUGUGGGACCAAGGACUGUGGAGAUAAUCAGAGAGCUCAGUGAUGCCCUUGGAAUCAGUAUCGCUGGAGGAAAAGGAAGUCCUUUAGGAGAUAUCCCGAUAUUUAUUGCCAUGAUUCAGGCCAGUGGAGUGGCUGCACGUACCCAGAAGCUUAAAGUUGGAGAUCGGAUUGUGAGCAUUAAUGGGCAACCUCUGGACGGACUGUCUCACACAGACGCCGUUAAUCUACUGAAGAAUGCCUUCGGGCGCAUUAUCCUGCAGGUUGUGGCAGACACCAAUAUAAGUGCCAUAGCGACGCAGCUUGAAAUCAUGUCUGCAGGCUCCCAGCUUGGCUCUCCGACUGCUGACCGUCAUCCGGAAGACAUGGAGGAGCAGCUGCAGAGGACGGCCGAUUAAAACGAGGUGACCAGAUCUUAGCUGUCAAUGGCGAGCCCCUGGAAGGUGUUACUCAUGAGCAAGCUGUCACCAUUCUAAAGCGGCAGACAGGGGCUGUGGCCUUGACUGUGCUGCCGUGAGCGCUGGUCCUGAUUAUGACACAUGAAAAUACACAAUGCUGUGGCUUCCAGGUGGGAUGAAAAGUUGCCUCAGCCAAAAGUCAGCCUCAUCCCUGCUCUGCUUCUGUUUGCAGAAACUAGAGCUGCUGCCCCUGCUUCCUCCCCACAUCCCUCCUCCCCACAGAGGCUUAACAGCAAUCUCCUGUGGUUUCAUCUUAUGAGUGGAAACAAAGGUUUAGCUUGUCAUCUUAACUCGUGAUUUACUUAUGCUAAUUUGUCUCUUCAAAUAAGGCAGAAAACAUUAGCAGUGUAAUUAACUUCCUCACAAUGAACUGUUCAUACUCUGCUGCUGGGAA